AUGACGAUACACGAGCAUGCUGUCGAGGCGUGUCGCAGUCCGCUGGUGUCCGGUUUGCCGCCGUCGUCCUUCAGGAGCUCCUCGCUGCUGUCCGGCAGUCACGGACCGGGCUUCGCUAAGCUCAACCGGAGAGAAGGAGCCGGAGGCUGGUCUCCUCUCAGCUCAGACGGGUACCAGUGGCUGGAGGUGGACCUGGGCGGACGGACCCAGAUCACCGCCGUGGCCACACAAGGCCGCUACGGCAGCUCCGACUGGCAGACGAGCUACCUGCUGAUGUUCAGCGACACCGGACACAAUUGGAGGCAGUACCGGCAGGAGGGCAGCAUCGGGGCCUUUCCAGGGAACAGCAACGCAGACAGCGUGGUGCAGCACAAGCUCCAGCACCCGGUGAUCGCUCGAUACGUCCGGCUCAUUCCCCUCGACUGGAAUCCCAACGGGCGGAUCGGACUCCGGCUGGAGGCCUACGGAUGUCCAUACGACUCGGACGUGGUGAGCUUCAGCGGCCACAGCAGCCUCCUCUACAGGCUGAGGCCCAGACCGACGCAGACGUCCGGCGAAAGCAUCAGCCUGACAUUCAAGGCGCUGAAGAACUCGGGGAUCCUGCUUCACGCCGAGGGCCGGAACGAGCACAGCCUCCGUCUGGAGCUGGAGGACGGGAAGCUGCUCCUGCUGCUCAGAGAAGGCAGCAGCUCGUCUCCAGACAGCCUCCACCUGGUGUCGGUGGGCAGCCUGCUGGACGACCAGCACUGGCACCACGUCGCUGUGGAGCAUCACGGCGACCACCUCAACCUCACCGUGGACAAAAGCACGCUGUGGGUUCAGAUCCCGGCGCGGUUCAGCCACUGGGACCACGACCAGAUGAGCGUGGGAGCGGAGCAGGGCCUCGGCUCUCUGAGGGCAGACAGAAACUUCCGCGGCUGUUUGGAAAACCUCGUCUACAACGGCCUGAACCUGGUGGACCUCGCCAAGCAGGCGGACCAGCGGGUCACCGUGAAGGGCAACGUGACCUUUUCGUGCGCCGAACCCGUUUUUGUUGCCGUGACGUUCGCCGGCCCCCAGAGCUUCCUGUGGCUGCCCGGAGGGACCGAUCCGUCACCGGCGGGCCUGGCGCUGGGCCUUCAGUUUCGGACGUGGAACAAGGCGGGGCUGCUGCUCACCUUCGACCUGCCGAAGCGAAGCGGUGCGGUGUGGAUGUACCUGAGCAAAGCCAGGCUCCAUCUGCAGGUCCACAAACCCGGCAGGGCGCCGCUGGAGCUCAGCACAG